CGUGCACUUUGUAAGUCAGAUCUCGUUUGGCUGUCUAACGGGCUGCUCUGACAUGUGACUCGAGCGACGCGCAGUCGAUAACGAAAAUAGACUGACGAUGGUCUUUUGAUUCCAUUACGAUUAUAUACUAUAUAUUAAUAAACCAUGUAUCGGAUUUUGAAUACCUUCGUUGCCGUAUUAUUGCUGGGAACAUCGAAUAUUUCAACAGAACCCACAGGGGUAUUGUUCCUCAUCUCCAGUCAGGAUACCACGUACCAUCGUCCAUUAGCAGCACGUCUACGCGAUGACAUUAUUAACCAAGCCGAAAGCCAAUUGCCCAAUACAGACUACAUCAUCACAGUUCAUAUGUUACAUGAAAUAUUCAAUUUUCCAAGCUAUUGGGCGAUAAAGAAUGCAAUACCCUUGGUGCGUUCCAAGCUACUUGGCGAGCAUGUCAAAUGGGUGGUUUGGUUGGAGGAGAGUACACAUGUCUUACUGCAAACGCUUUUGGAGCAGUUAGCGCUGGAGGAUGCUACUCGGUGCCUUUAUUUGGGCCAUGCGCUAUAUGAUGAUCAGGCUAAUAUUAGGCAUCACUUUGCCUUUCACAAAGAUUCCGAGUGGUUUCCAUUUCCAUUGCAACGAGCCGGCAUUGUUUUUUCAAGAGCUCUAAUCAUCAAGACCGCAGAAGCUUUAGAAACAGCAAAUAUUUAUAGUUCACCUUUUAUCAUUGAUAUGGAACACGAACUGGCGCUAUUCAUUUAUAACGAAGUAAAAUCAGUUGCUCUUGAAACUCAGCUCAGCGAAGAAGAGCUCACCGGUGCCACGAAGUCAAAUGCUAUGCAAAAGGUGCUGAUGCGCAAAGCGCACUACAUUUGUUCGCGAUCGGACGAGUAUGUACAGGGCAAUGCUGACAACAAGUGUGCAAUGUAUGCAAAGCCAAUGGAAAGGAACCACUGUAAUACUGUGAGGCCGAAAAACAUUUUCUUUGCUGUCAAAACAUGUAAACGCUUUCAUUUUGAUCGAAUACCGAUUAUUAAGGCAACCUGGGCUUCCAUAGCAUCACAUAUUCGUUACUACAGCGAUGUGGCAGAUCCACAAAUUCCUACAAAGUCUACCGGUAUACCCAACACUGAAAUCGGUCAUUGCAAUAAAACACUGACAAUAUUGAAAUUAGCUUUGCGAGAGAUCGAUGACUUUAAUAGGAAAUUGGAAAAUUUGGUACCUGAGCAAGAUGAAAACACUCGUAUACAUUGGCUGGUUUUAGCCGAUGAUGAUACGUUACUAAGCAUUCCAAACCUAUGCGCUUUGCUCGGAUGUUUCAACUACACAAACGAUAUUUAUCUCGGCGAACGUUACGGGUUCCAUCACAACAUAAACAACGGCUUCAAUUACAUAACCAGCGGCGGUGGUGUUGCUAUGAGUUUACCCGCUGUACGUAAAUUACUCGCUCAUUGCCACUGUACCCAUCCACAAGAUGCCGAUGACAUGUUGCUGGGCAUGUGCUUCACCAAUCUGGAAGUGCCAAUCAUACACUCGCAGCAGUUUCAUCAGCUCCGUCCACAGGACUAUCCAACCGAAUUGUUGGCUCUUGAUCCACCUAUCUCAUUUCAUAAAUUUUACGAUUUAGAUCCAAUCUCUGUAUAUAAUAACUAUUUUGCCAAUGCUACUCAACAGAUGCUUCUAACUACAAAGGAAAUAAGCUAUACAAAUCAAAAAUAACGUCUAAUUUGAAAUAAUCAAAAUAAAAACUUCAGAAAUAUUAAAAAACACAAA